AUGGCUUCAAGGUUUUCGCGCUCCGACCUCCAUAGACGCGACCCUCGCGCAUCCUCCUCCCUCUUUGACUCCUACAAUGGCGAUUCUAGACCCGCGAGCAGGUCCCCGGGUAAUGUCAGUGGAUACGGAUAUGGAGGGUAUUCAAGCGCCGACAGGUCGCUGAAUGGGAAUGGCCACGCGGGCUAUAAAAGCGCGACACCGAAUUCAAAGGGUCAUUACUCGGACGCCGUCCUCUCGCACCUCGAAUCUCAGAAUGAAGAAGAAGUUGAGGGUAUCACGGCCAAAGUUAAGAUGCUCAAAGAUCUCACGAUCGCAAUUGGAGAUGAAAUUCGUGACACAACACACAUCUCAGACUUGAACGACUCCUUCGAGAAUACGAGAACCCGCAUCCGGGGCAACAUGAAUCGCAUGCUACGCAUGGCGGAGCGCACGGGUGUCGGGUGGAAGGUCUGGGUUGGCUUCUUCGCCCUGGUUUUUCUCCUCUUUUUCUAUGUCUGGAUAACUUAA